UCCUGCUCAACACAGCUAUAGUUCAAUGCACAUAUUUAGCUUUUUGAUAGCAUUUUUUACAAACAGUUGGAAUUUACAAAAUGUCAUCGUGCCCUGCACAUGAUCGUCUUUUGACCCAGCGCGAGCCUCUGUGAUGACGUCACUCCAACUCAAGCUCCACACAGCGUUCUACACAUCCGUAUUCAACAGGCACAGUCGCAUGUCUGAAUCCGAGUUGUCAUAUUAAAAUAUGGAUACAAAUUUAUUAUUGACACUGUUGAUUCUGGCCACAGGGUGCAUGGCGGCUCAGAAGCGCCAAAGAGAAAGGCUCUACAGAGGGUCCAGAAGGCCGAACAAUCAUAUUUACCGAGCUUCUGGUAAAGGUCGUGGAGGAAAGGUCAGGGGUGAUAUGCUGCAGAACUUGCUGCCGUAUGAGGCCGUGGAGAACGUUCCGGUGAAGGAAAGGAUGGACGUGUCCUUGUGGCAAACCAGAGGGCAGGCGAAACCAAACCGACGUCGCCCAAAGAGAUGGAUCAAAGGUCAAUUUCAUCUGCAAAUGCAAACAGGUCCCACAGAAACGGAUCGUGAGUUUUCAAACGAUUAUCGAAGUAAAACACACGAGUCCUACCUGACAGAGGCAAGACUUGGAAGACACGGUCUACCCUGGCCAUUACCACGUCACUUCCGGUCGGACUCCAACAUGGUUUAUCAGCUGGAUACUAACUUCCGGUUUGUUAUUGGCCCGCUGUCUCGGUCGUGUGUCACGCUAACCAGGGCCCUGAGACGCUACUACGUCAUCAUUACGGGUCGACUACCCCGAAGACAAUCAGUUGUCGUCAGAGAUGAGGAAGAGUUCGAAUCCCCGGUGGCACAUGGCAACCCUGCUACUCUUCGCCACGUGGAUGUAUCAGUGCUGUACUCGUGUAGUGAUGCGCAUCCAGAACCCACAGCGAAUGAAACAUACGCGUUACAGAUUAACAACAACACAGCGUCCAUCAUUGCCGGUGAGGUCUGGGGAGCUUUGAGGGGCCUGGAGACCCUGUCUCAGCUGGUAUAUGUGUCAGAACACAGGCAGGUACAUACAACAGCUCAUAGUGAGCAGCCGUGUGUUCACAUGGCCGACAUCGUGGACUUCCCACGCUUCCACCACCGCGGCGUCAUGAUCAACACCGGUAUCCACUUCCUCCACCCAACAACCAUCAAGAAGAACCUGGAAGCAAUGGAACACAACAAACUGAAUGUCCUGCAUUGGCGCUUAGUGGAUGACCAGUCCUUUCCCUGGGUUAGCAAGGCCUACCCUGACCUCAGCAACAGGAGCUCCAAAAGGGAGACCUACAACGCUGCUGACAUUGCGGGUAUCGUGGAGUUCGCCCGACAGAGGGGUAUCCGGGUAGUUCCUGAGCUCGACUCUCCAGGUCACACCGCCUCUUGGAGAAACGGCGUCCCCGACGUCAUGAUCAACUGCGCCGACAACAACUCUCAACAAGUGCUCGACGUCAGCAUUAACAUCACCUACACCGUGUUAAGAGGGUUGUGGGAUGAUAUGCUCACAACGUUCCCGGGACGAUAUGUACAUCUUGGAGGGGACGAGGUGCCCACGUUGUGUUGGGCUAAAUCCAAAGAUGUCGCUAUAUUCAUGGAAAGAGAAAAAAUUAAAGAUUACGGAGAAUUGCAGAACUAUUUCACCAGAAGAUUAUCAAGCAUUGUAAAUCAGCUAGACAGCAACAGGAAGCUUGUGUUCUGGCAAGAUGUACUGGACAGUGGAAUCAGUAUAGAUGAACGAGCCGUAAUUCAAAUAUGGAAACCGAAUCCUAAGGCCGCCACGACUUUAGCGGUCAGCAGAGGCCAUAGGGUCAUCUACUCAAGUCCGUGGUGUCUGAACUACGUCACAUCCGGUAUGGACUGGGCGAUGCUCUACUUAGCCGAUCCCCUGGAACACACAGUUGGUGCCACUGAAGAGGAGGUGGUGAUGGGUGGGGAGGCCUGCGUCUCGGGGGAACACGCGGUGGACUCCAGCCUUCUACAGACGGUGUGGUCCCGUGCCAGUGCCAUGGCGGAGCGGAUGUGGAGCGACCGCAACGUCAGGAAUGUACCGGAAGCGCAAGUCCGUCUGGAGGAACAACGGUGUCGCAUGAUAAGGAGACGCAUCCCCAUCAGUCCUCUGAACGAACCCAGCUCGUGCAAUCUGCACGUGCCAUGACGACUAGUGACGUCAUGACUGGAAACUCUCUGUGACAGUGCAAUGGUAAAUGGAUGUGAUGCCCAAGUCGACCGACUGCCAGGCACCGUGCUUCACACAUCGACAAAAAACAUUACCCCUACAUAUUAACGGAACUAUAUUGUGUAUGCUUGAACCAUGAGAAACCUUUGUCUUGCGAUAACCGUGGCAAGCUGCACGCUUCAGUGUCAGCAAAUUGCCUUAUCACUCCUAUUGUAUCAAUACGCCACUGGAAACUAUAAGGCCCCUAAGCCCACUAGACCGUCAUAAUUGAAGUCUGAACGCUCGAUGUAUCGUGUAGCUUAUAUUGAAUAUGUGGCUGUGGAAUGAGUUUAUUGCCAACUCCAGGCCAUUCUGUUCUGGACAGACUCCGGCCAGAGGCUGUGAGAUGAUGAGUUACAUGUGGUGGUACUGAGCUGAAACCAUCGCAAGGCCGUCGCGACCUGACUGCGUUCUCAACACACAGCUUUCUAUACAUUGUCUUUCAUGAUUCGAAUUACCUAUAAUCAUACUUAACAGUUUUGUUGUUUUUUUGUUGAACGCCGCACUCAGCACUAGUCCAGCUAUAUGACGGCGGUCUGUAAACAAUCGAAUCUGAACCAGACAAUCCAGUGAUUGUCAUUAUGAGCAUCGAUCCACGCAAUUGGGAUACGAUGACAUGCAUCAACCAAGUAAGAGAGCCUGACCACCCAAUCCCGUUAGUUGCCUCUUACGACAAGCAUGGGUUUCUUAUUGUAUAGAUUUGAUGUAAUCGUCUACCUGUGCAGUAAUUGAUAUAAUCUACCUGUGCAGUACAUUAUAUAGUCUACCUGUACAGUAACUGAUGUAGCCUACCUGCACAGUAAUUGAUAUAAUCUACCUGUGCAAUAACUGAUGUCGCCUACCUGUACAGUAACUGAUAUAGUCUACCUGUACAUUUACUGAUGUAGUCUACCUGUACAGUAACUGAUUUAGUCUACCUGUGCAGUAACUGAUAUAAUCUACCUGUGCAGUAACUGAUAUAGUCUACCUGUACAGUAACUGAUGUAGUCUACCUGUACAGUAACUGAUUAAGUCUACCUGAACAGUAACUGAUAUUGUCUACCUGUACAGUAACUGAUGUAGUCUCCCUGUGCAGUAACUGAUGUAGUCUACCUGUACAGUAACUGAUGUCGUCUACCUGUACAGUAACAGAUAUAUUCUACCUGUACAGUAACUGAUGUCGUCUACCUGUACAGUAACUGAUGUCGUCUACCUGUACAGUAACUGAUGUAUUCUACCUGUACAGUAACUGAUGUAGUCUCCCUGUACAGUAACUGAUGUAGUCUACCUGUGCAGUAACUGAUAUUGUCUACCUGUGCAGUAACUGACAUAGUCUACCUGUAAAGUAACUGAAAUAGCCUACCUGUAGAGUAACUGACAUAGUCUACCUGUACACUAACUGAUAUUGUCUACCCGUGCAGUAACUGAUAUUGUCUACCUGUACAGUAACUGAUGUAUUCUACCUGUGCAGUAAAUGAUGUAGUCUACCUGUACAGUAACUGAUGUAGUCUACCUGUACAGUAACUGAUGAAGUCUACCUGUACAGCAACGGAUGUCGUCAACCUGUACUGUAACUGAUGUAGUCUACCUGUACAGUAACUAAUGAAGUCUACCUGUACAGUAACUAAUAAAGUCUACCUGUUCAGUAACUGAUAUAGUCUACCUGUACUGUAACUGUGUAAUCUACCUGUACAGUAACUGAUAUAGUCUACCUGUACAGCAACGGAUGUCGUCAACCUGUACAGUAACUGAUAUAGUCUACCUGUACAGUAACUGAUGUAGUCUACCUGUACAGUAACUGAUGUAGUCUACCUGUACAGUAACUGAUGUAGUCUACCUGUGCAGUAACUGAUAUAGUCUACCUGUACAGUAACUGAUGUAGUCUACCUGUACUGUAACUGAUGUAGUCUACCUGUACAGUAACUGAUGUAGUCUACCUUACAGUAACUGAUGUAGUCUACCUGUACUGUAACUGAUG